GACGUCGUUGACGUCACGGAACGCCGGGCACCCUAUUGUAAAGUCACAAGCUCUAGGCCCCACCCUUUAUCUGUCUGUCCCAGGCUUCACUCGGCGUUCCUCCCCAGGGCCGGGGCGUGGCGAUGAAGGGCGGUCGAGAUCUUAAGGCCGCUCGGGGCGGAGCAGGUGAGACCAGUUCUGAGGGGAUGGAAGGUGACAAAAGGACUUCUGCCUGGAGGGGUUGGCCCUAGAGAGGGAGCCGGGGAAGGUAUGGGACCAGCAAUGCGGAGGCCGCUGCCCCGCAUGCGCCCUCGGUCAGAGUUCAUGUACCUGGCAUCCUGGGAUGGAUGCUCGCGCUUCGCCCCUGCAGACCGCCCCCUGGCUCCAGCCUACGCCCCGUGCCGCCCUGGGCGCCUCCAACGCCACCUCCUGAGCGGCGAGUUCGACCAGCUGCGCGACUUUCCCAUCUUUGAAAGCAACUUCGUGCAGGUGACCCGGUUUGGAGAAGUCGCCAACAAGGUCACCAUGGGGGUGGCAGCCUCUAGUCCUGCCCUGGAGCUGCCAGACCUGCUGCUGCUGGCCGGCCCUGACAAGGAGAAUGGACACCUGCAGCUCCUCGGGCUGUUUCCCUUGCAAUUUGUGCAGUUGUUUGUGCAUGAUGAGAGCCGCCAGCAGCUCAAGGUCAAGUUCCGAACUGGCCGCGCCUUCUACUUGCAACUGCGCUCUCCUCCAGAGACCCGCGACUGCGAGUUUGGCCGCUGGGUGCGGCUGCUCUACCGCCUGCGAUUCCACUCGCCCACCUGCGCAGUGCCCUUCACGCACGAGGACACUGCGCCUGAGGAAGAGGAGGAGGAGGAGGAGGAGGAGGAGGAGGAGGAAGUCAAGGAGGGGCAGUUGCAACCCCCGGAGGUGAGGGCGGGACCUCGAGCCCAGGGAUGUUGGGCCAGGAAGGAUGGAAAGGGACCAGGUAGGCCUGCUGGGGCCUGGACCCCUGGGUCUGAGGGAGGAGGGCUGGGGCCUAGACCUCUGGGUCUGAGGAAGGAAAACCAGUCCUGGAUCUCUAGGCCUAAGGAGAAAGGAACUCCUCCCUUCUUCCAUCUUCUUAGGGGUUCUAAGGAAAAGGCUACAGGGUCUGCAGCAGACUAGGGACUGUGUGGCUGAUAUUGUUAGCCCAGGUGCCCUAAAAGAAACCACACAGCCAUCUCCCAGCCUUUGCCUGGCACCAAGUGGGUUCUUGGCACCAAGUGGGUUCUAGGGAGAGAAACCGUCUCACUGAAGGGGUGGGCUACAGCUGGCCGUACAUGUCCAGUUCCCUGAAAGGGGAACUGAGGAUGACAGUUGUGGAAGGUGAGGCCUCUUCCCAAGACGCCCACAGGCCCACCUCUCUCAAACCCAGACCCUCAUGCUGGUCAGGCUCUCAGAUGUACACUCUUCUUAGUUUCAAGCCACAGAGGCCAGACUCGACCCGCAGGUCUCAGAACUCUGGGGGCUCUGACUCAGACAAGAUCCUUCCAGAUCGCCAAAGGACCAGAAAUCAAGUCAGCUCAGCUCAGAGCCAGAGAGAUGGAAUUUUAAACUUAAUAAAGAUCAGGCUCUUAAAACCUACACUGAAGCCCUGGUUCUUUAUGUGACAAUCACCAAGGCAACAGGCUGCCUCCAGGGCUUCCUCUAGGCCUCUCUGCCUUUGGUGCCUUGAUAUGCAAGGGUUUUCCAAUUGGCUUCCCUUUUUUCCCUCCGCUGGAGGUGACAUCCAGAGCCUCCACCUUCUAAGGAAGACCCCACCCUCAGCCACACCCCAUCCCCUCACUAUGGUCUAGACAGGGGCUCUACCACUGAGUCCCUGAGCUCUCUUUUCACUUUUUAUUUUAAUGCAGGGUAUCAUUUAAUUGCCCAAGACGUCUCUGCCCUUUCUACCUCUGCCUCAGCCUUCCAGAUAGCUAAAAUGACAGCUGUACCCAGACCUGUCUUGGCUGUCCUUUGUGGGUGGUGACAGGCCUGUGUCCUCCUCUCUGUAGGUAAUGUUCAAGAGAGUUUAGGCCACAGGGCAUGAGCUCCACCUUUGACUCUUGUAAAUGCCAUGACAAGCAGUUCCCCCAGCAGACGCUGUCUUCCAAGAUGGUGACCGCAAUGACUAACCCCACCCACAAGGGGACAAGAACUACAGACUCUGGAAAGAUGGACACAUGAUAAUUUGAGCAACAGUUCUUUAUCACAGUGAUCAUUCUGGAAAGAUGACUGCCAUCCCAAGAGUUGCAGCGCUGGUGUCCGGGUUCUGAUGACUUAUUUAGCAGGUGAUGAGCUGUCACUGUGGCACUGCAGGAGAAAUGAGAGGUGGGUGAGGCAGGGUAAGAUGGACUGCACCAUGUCUCUACCCAAAAUCCGCCAGCAGAGGGAGCAAGAGAGUUCCCAUCCAGCAAACACCAGUGUAGUCAUGGUCCUCUCUCUCUCUCUCUCUCUCUCUCUCUCUCUCUUUCUCUCUCUCUCUCUCUCUCUCUCCCUCCCUCCCUCCCUCCCUCCCUCCCUCAGCAGGGCUGCAUGUAACCCCAGAUAUCCUUGAACUCAAAUAUGUAGCUUGAACUGCUAGUCCUCCUGCUUCCACCUUCCCAAUGCUGGGAUGACAGUCAUCCACCACUGUGGCCAGCUUACAGAGUGCUGGGGAUGGAGCCGAGGCUUUGUGCUAGACAAACACUGUCUCCAGACCCACAGAAAGAGAAAGGGUCUCAUGGCAUCCAACAUUCCACAUAGUUGAGGCUCUUGAUAUCUCAAGCACCUAAGAACUAUGGCUACAGAUGUGCUUUGACAUGCCGGGCCUUUUGUUUUUAAAAUUGUUUCUAAUGUUUUAAAUUUAUUUAUUUUAUGUUGAGUGCAUUGUAGUUGUCUUUAGACACCCUAGAAGAGGGCAUCAGAUUCCAUUAAAGAUGGCUGUGAGCCACCUUGUGGUUGCUGGGAAUUGAACUCAGGACCACAGGAGCAGCCAGUAUUCUUAACCACUGAGCCAUCCCUUCAGCCCUUGUUCUAAAAUUUAAUCAGUUAUUUUAUGUGUGUGUUUAUGUUCUCCAUGUGCAGGGCCUAAAGGGGGCUUUGGAGCCCCUGGAACUGGUGCUACCAAUGGCUGUGAGCCAUCAUGGAGUCCUGGGAACUGAACUCGGGGCCUCUUGAAGAGCAGCCAGUGCUCUUAACCACUGAGUCAUCUCUCUAGCCCUUGAUUUUUCACUUUAUAAUGUUUUGACGGGAUCAUACUAUGUAACUCAGGCUGACUUAGAAUUCACUCUGUAGCAUAGGUUGGCUUCAAACUCACAUCUCCUAGAUCAGCUUGAGCAUUCUUGGGUACUGGAAUGACAGAUGUGCAGCACACCCCAGACAGUUUAAAAGUCAUUUUAAAUCCCAAAUGGGGAUGCUCUGAGAACCUGCCAGCUGUCAGAAGUCAGCGGGAGUCUGCCGUGAGGAUGCAUCUGAGCUGACUUAGUCACCCACAAGAAGACCCCAGAAUAGAGGGUGGCUCAGCCUGACUCCAGAAUGCAGCCAGUGGGAGGGGGAGGCGGGGUGCUCCCAGAACUGUCCCUGAGGGGCUGAAGAUCCUGUUUGCUAAGCUGUCUCAGGGCCAGGGACAUCAGCAUUGUCAAGUGUCUCCAGAUCAAGCAGGGGCAUGCUAAUGUGUACUCUGGGCCACCUGAUCUGCCUCCUUCCACAAUGUCUUGGGGACUGAAUCCAGCAAAGGAGAUGAGGAAGUUUUCUUGGAAGAUGGUUCAGCAUAUGCCAGAGACCAAGAGUAGGGACAUAUGUAGCCACUGUAGUCCCACCAAGACACACGACACCACUGUGGUCCCACCAAGACACGCGACACCGAAUUCCAGGCUGGAAAGACUGUGGUGAUGGUGGGGGAGUUUGACGAGUAGGGGAGCGCUAGCUCAACUCUGAUUCCAGGGGCGAAGGACAGGAGGAGGCUUGACAGAGGAGGGAUUGCAGGUGGGGCACAAGCUAGGGCUGGUGCUCUCCAACCCCAGGGCCUUUGCAUGACCUGUAUUGCCUUCUUGCCUGGGGCAUCUGGGUAGGUUCGCCAGGGGCCCUGGAUUAGGGUCAGUCAGUGUGGGACCAUUCCCUUCUCACCUCGGACAUCCAGUUUGCAUUCAGCCAGGGCUUCCCCCAGCUCAUUGAAGGCGCGGCAGGAAUAGGUCCCUGCAUCAAAGGGUGACGGUCGGCGGAUGUUCAGUGUCAGGAUGCCCUGGUAGUUGGUUAUGAGGAAUUUGGGAUCUUCAUGGAUUUCCAUCUUGUUCUUCAUCCACACCACCUUUGGCUAGGGAAGGGAACCAGGGAGAAAGCUGACUUAAAGGGAUGUCCUGGACAGAAACCAUGACACUACCUGCAUGGGUACACAGGAGAGACAGAGGACCCCAGUUGGCCACUAUUCCUCAUCACCUCCCACCUUUCCUCCCUGUGCUCCAGGCACUGCUAUUUUGGGGACAGACCCGAUGAUGACUUCCCACCCAGGGCCCUGGGACUGUCUGCUCCCUCUCCCAACCCUGCAGUUCCUGCCUGUCCCACCCUUCCCUGGCCAGCUGCAUCCCGGCCAGGGAUGUCUCUCUUACUGUCUUAGCCCUGCCUCUCGUUCUCUGUCACGCUUAUCACCAUUCACGGUUUUAUAUCACUUGUGAGACUUGAGACCAGUGUCAUUCUUCCUCCAACACAAAGGAACUUCUUUGUCCCAUUUGUGAAGCACAAAUAAAGUUCAGGAAAAUA